AUGAAGCAAAACAAUGAGAUCAACGAUACUUUGGUGCCAUUGACAGGAAAGCGCCUCCGCUUGGGAGAUCAUGAAUACAAACUGAGCGCACCAAUUGCUACUGGCCCAUUUUCAUCAGUUUUCCUGGUAGAGGAGGACGGAGUUCCAUAUGCAAUGAAGGUCGAAGCUGAAAAAAGUUGUGUUCGGCCUGUUUUGAAGCUAGACCAUGCAGUUCUCACGGCUCUAGGAAAUCAGACAGGAUUCCCAUCACUUAUGGAUUCUGGCAGAACUGAUAGUUUUAAAUAUAUUGUAAUGCAACUCGUCGGUCCGGAUCUCUCAACACUUCUCGAGUUUGCACCACAAAACCGCUUUUCUCAGUCGACAAUUUACAAAAUUGCACUUCAAACAUUAGACCGUCUCCGCGUGCUUCAUCAUGCCGGGUGGCUAAAUCGAGAUGUUAAAGCUCAGAAUUUUGCGGUAGGAUUUGGAGAAGAGAGCAAUAUUGUGUAUAUGCUGGAUUUUGGUUUGACCAGAAGAUUUUUAGAACUGGACGGGAGUCGCCACCUUCUCCGUCCCUGGGGUCCUUCGGUUGGCACAUUCCCCUAUGCUCCACUGAGCUCUCUUGGAUUUCUAGAUCAAACUCCAGCUGAUGAUGUUGAAGGCUGGCUUUACAUGAUAAUUCACUUGCUAAACGGUCUACCUUGGCACAAUUCCAAAAGAUCGCUAAGUCUCGCAAAAGUUCGAGAAUGGAAGAUGUAUUGUCGACGAGCUGGAGGCAGAACACAACUUUUCCGAGAUAUUCCGGAUGGCUGGUCUGAUGUUUUUGAUAUUAUUCUGAAAACUUCUUAUCAAGAAUACCCAGAUUACACCAAAAUUUUGAAUAAAGUCAUGUCGAUGCUCGUACGGAGAGAAUUGACCUGACAGAGCCUUUCGAUUGGCAGGUAAAUCCAGUGCUUCGUUCACUGGUCCGUCUAGGUCCAUUGAGCUGUGACGAGCUGACUUCUCAAACGUGUGGAACUCCGAGAGCGACCCGGAUGGUUAUUUCACCAAUUUGA